GAUUUUGUCAACGUCACUGGAAGGAUUCUCGCAUGGUCUCAACAGGACUGCCAGCAGUGCGUAAUAUAAAGCCGACCACCGGUUCACCGGCGUUUGUAGAAAUUGAUCACCACGGAUACGAACAGAAGGAUGUCCACUCAAAUCACGAUGGGGCCCCUCGUCGCAGCUAUCGAUCAAGGCACGAGCUCGACGAGGUUUCUGGUGUUCAAUUCUAAAACGGCAGAGCUGCUUAGUCAUCACCAGGUUGGGAUAAAGCAGAGUUUCCCUAAAGAGGGCUGGGUAGAAGAGGACCCUAAGGAGAUUCUUCAGUCAGUCUAUGAGUGUAUGGAGAGGACCUGUGAGAAGCUCGGCCAGCUCAACAUAGACAUCUCCAACAUUAAAGCUGUCGGCGUGACCAAUCAGAGAGAGACCACGUUGGUUUGGGACAAAGAGACAGGGGAACCGCUCUACAAUGCCAUUGUUUGGCUGGACCUGCGUACACAGUCCACGGUGGAGAGGCUGAUCAACAGCACCCCGGGAAAGAAUAAGAACCAUCUGAAGCACAAGACCGGUCUGCCCAUCAGUACAUACUUCAGUGCUGUGAAGCUGCGUUGGCUCAUGGACAACGUGGAGGAGGUCGCUGAGGCUAUCCUGACAAACAGAGCCAUGUUCGGCACUGUCGACUCCUGGCUUAUCUGGUGUCUGACAGGGGGGAAGAGUGGAGGGGUGCACGUCACAGAUGUGACCAACGCAAGUCGCACCAUGCUCUUCAAUAUACACACCCUGGACUGGGACCCCGAGCUCUGCAAAUAUUUUGAUGUCCCAAUGGAAAUUCUACCCCAAGUGAAGAGCUCCUCAGAAAUAUACGGUUCAAUGAACUCUGGUUCUCUGGCAGGAGUUCCCAUCUCCGGGUGUCUCGGGGACCAGUCCGCUGCUCUGGUUGGUCAAAUGUGCUUCCAGGAUGGACAGGCUAAAAACACGUACGGAACUGGCUGCUUCCUGCUGAGAAACACAGGGAUCAAGCCAGUGAUGUCAGAUCACGGCCUCCUGACCACACUGGCCUACAAACUGGGGAAGGACGCACCAGCCUACUACGCUCUCGAGGGGUCGGUGGCCAUAGCUGGGGCGGUGGUACGCUGGCUGAAAGACAACCUGGGAAUCAUCCAGUCCUCUGCAGAGAUCGAGAAGCUGGCAGGCGAUGUGGGCUCGUCCUAUGGAUGUUACUUUGUUCCUGCCUUCUCCGGGCUGUACGCCCCCUACUGGGAGCCCAGUGCACGAGGUAUCAUCUGUGGCCUGACUCAGUUCACUAACAGAUCUCACCUGGCCUUCGCUGCGCUGGAGGCAGUCUGUUUUCAGACUAGAGAGAUCCUGGAGGCAAUGAAUCAGGAUUAUGGGGUUCCUUUGAGCCAGCUCCAGGUGGAUGGAGGCAUGACCUCCAACAGACUAUUGAUGCAGCUCCAGGCUGAUGUACUCUGCAUCCCUGUGGUGAAGCCGUCCAUGUCGGAGACCACGGCUCUGGGUGCAGCCAUGGCAGCAGGAGCAGCAGAGGGGGUGGGUGUCUGGAGUCUGACCCCUGGUAACCUCACAACCAUCCCCACUGACAAAUACCAACCCAUGAUCAAUCUUGAGGAGAGUGAGUUCCGGUUCGCACGCUGGAAGAAGGCCGUCCAGAAGGCCAUGAAUUGGGAGACCACGGAGCCCAUCAGCAAUGGGAACGGUGCAAUCAGCAAUGGGAACGGUGCAAUCAGCAAUGGGAACGGUCCAAUCAGCAAUGGGAACGGUCCAAUCAGCAAUGGGAACGGUCCAAUCAGCAAUGGGAACGGUCCAAUCAGCAAUGGGAACGGACACCACUAGUAGGAUCUGAGCUAACACUAGGAACCUUUUUGAGGAUACAUAUGGAGUUGAAGAGAGGGGAACAUACAGAAUGUAACACCCAUCCCUCCAUAGGUCCACAUAGCACCUACAUCUGAUGGCUGUUUGGGCAUGCUGUGGACUUCCUUCUCCCUGAGAGCAUUCCUAGUCCACAUCCGGUUGCCUCCUGUACAUGUACUCAGCCCCGUCCUCUUAGUCUCGUGGACAAGGACCCUACCUGUGAACCUUAUCUUGGAAGAAAGGCCCACAUAUCAAAAGAUGGAAUCAAUUGAUGGAACUCUACUGUGUGACUGAACUGUGAUGGAAGAGACUGAUUCUCCUGUGGAAGGGAAAAAAAAACAUCCUAUCAUGUCUGGUUUUCUAUGAAUUUAUUAAGCAGAUAAUAUUUGAAUGUUUGUGUCAUAUGUUGUGCUUGGUCAUUUUAACAAAUGGUGACACUGUACAUUUUUUAAAAAUACUAAUUAAUUACACUGGUUAGUAAUAGCGCCACCAUUUGAACAAGUGUCGUGAGAAUGUUGUAGGCUACAUGGCUAUAAUGUGGAAUGGAAGGCCUGCUGAGACAUGGUUUGCUACUCUGAUGGUAGAUAUACCUAGCUAUAUGGUGGGUCCACUUGAAGACUCUGAUGAUCGUAGAUAUACCUAGCUAUAUGGUGGGUCCACUUGAAGACUCUGAUGAUCGUAGAUAUACCUAGCUAUAUGGUGGGUCCACUUGAAGACUCUGAUGAUCGUAGAUGUACCUAGUUGUAUGUGGGUCGACUUGAAGACUCUGAUCGUAGAUAUACCUAGCUAUAUGGUGGGUCCACUUGAAGACUCUGAUGAUCGUAGAUGUACCUAGCUAUAUGUGGGUCCACUUGAAGGAACCUCUGAAUGAAAAGCAUCGCAGGGACCUUACAGCACUUUAUAAUUAUUGAUUUGCGUGUCGAGUGCAUGAUAUGAUGCUCUGGUUUUUAAAGGGACAUUUUUCUGUAUUUAAAAAAAGAAAUUAUACAAUAAAGCUUUUUGAAAGGGAUCGCCAUUGGAUAAUGAAAGGUCUGUGAAACACAUUUUCUUCUUAAGUUGUAAGUGGAAGUUUUAACUGUACAAUACGCUUCAUAAGACCUAUUUUCUGUUUUUCAGUCGUCGAGGACAAGUAUAUUACUUCCUAGUCAUUAUUGAUCAUGAAUUGUCUUGUCCUUAGAGCACUUUAUAAUGAUUGAUUUGCAUGUGGAGGUCAUGGUAUGGGUACAAUGUGCUAAUGUAAAUGCUUUUUU